CUCUGUUUUUGACUAUCUUCCAACUUCAUCUCUCUUCUUCACCUACCCAAUUAUGUCAUCCUCCUCCUCCUCCUCCUCCUCCUCUUCUUCUUCAAUGUUGACCUCACAAGGUAUGGUCUUCGCCACUUCCAUGGCGGUUUUCGGCACCGUAAUUCUCCUCGCUCUCCGACUCCAGAAGUCUCUCCCCAUCGACCAAAUCCCUCAGCAAUCUCUUCGAUCCUGUCUCUCUCCAGAGGGGGAGAAAAAGAAGAAGAAGAAAAAGAAAAAGAGGGUGCACUUUGCAGAGGAUGUGAUGGAGCCCAGAGGGAAUAUCGGAAGCAAUUCGUCUUCAUCGAUCAAGUUUAAGAAGACGAGCUAUGGUGGAGCUAAAGCUAAAGACAGAGGAGCAAUGCCAGAGAACAGAGUGGCUCUGUACAAUGGGAUUCUCAGAGAUCGAGUCGUUCACCGUUUCUCUUACUCCUGCUAUUGAUUUUCCUUUACUUUCAUGUACAGUAGUAGUGCAGAAUUUCAGUUAAAAUCAUUUAAUUUCUCUGUAAUUGAAGUAAGUCCAUGUUUGUACAAAGUCUUCUCUUCUUUUUUUCUUUUAUAUUUUCUGGGAAAAUUUGGUGAGAAAAAAAGAAGAGAAGUAUAGGAAAAAAGAAAGAUGUCUGGCUAAAUUUGUGUAUGUUUCCUUUAUCUAACUAGAUGAACAGAGUAAUUCAAGAAUUAAUUGAUUCCCCUGUUUUUUCUCU